CACUUGUCUUUAGUUGUAUUUCGGACGCUUUCGCCGUUGGUUUGCGAGGAAGGGAAUAUUUCACGUUUCGCGGUUGCGUUUUUGACGGUUGACUAUUACCAUCAUCCAUUUCGGUGGAAUGAUCAAUCUGCUCAUUCGGAAAAGUGUUCCCAUUGAAAGUAUGUUCGCUCGAUGCACUCGGACAGCUUUCGUCACUGGUCGUUGAACUUGAAUGUGUGGUACCCGCGGAUCAAAGGGAGCAAGCGAAGCGGUCAAUAAAUCUAGAUAGAAGGGAAUCAAACGUGCCGCCCCGCUCCGUAUCUGGUAUUUGUCAACAUGUGCAUCAAAGCAUUCGGACGGAUGCCGAAUCUGUGUUGAAGUUAUUACAGUGAGGCGAGUGAAGAGGGAUGCUGCUGGUGUGAGGGUGAAUGGUGGUCCCUCGCGUAAGCAGAUCGGGUUUUAUUGCAUUCAAGUGCGAAGAGUAGAGUGCCGUAAAUUUGUGGCGUUGCGCUGUAGUGUGAGUGAGUGAGUGAAGAGUGUGGCUCUGAAAGUAAACCAACAACAAAGCGAGCAGCAGCAGAAGUCAAAGAGGCCGACAUACGCGCGUGUGUGGCUGUGUUUGUGUUUAGACGAAUCGAUGGUCUUUUGAUGUGUUGUUUAUUGCAUUUCGAAUCUAAAUAGUCGUGCGUGUGUGGUAGUGUUGUAAUAAAACAGGAAAAAGUGUGCGAAGUAUAACGAAGUUCAGAGCAGCGCACGAAGCGAAAGCUGCAGCGAUAAUAUGUCAACAAUGUGUUCUUUGAUAGGAUCCUUAGCUUUGAUGCUGAGUUAUGCAAGUGUUGGAUCAUCUGUCCAACAACAGGAAACCUUUGGAGGUCAGGAGAUUUCCAGCAUUAGCUCGGAUGAUUUUCAGCACCACAACCGAUGUGAACCGAUUACAAUCCCAUUCUGCACCGAUAUUCAGUACAAUAAAACAAUUAUGCCUAAUUUGGUUGGCCACACCAAGCAGGAAGAGGCUGCACUCGAGGUUCAUCAAUUCAUACCCCUCGUCAAGAUAGACUGCAGUCCGGAUCUAAAAUUCUUUCUCUGCACCUUGUAUGCACCUGUUUGUACGAUUCUUAACUUCCCCAUUCCACCUUGCCGUAGCUUGUGUGAAAGUGCCCGAGUAUGCGAAACUAUCAUGAGGACUUUCGACUUCCAGUGGCCGGAAAAUUUAGAGUGCAGUAAAUUUCCCGAGGACGGUAAAGAGCUGUGCGUUUCGCAGAACAAUUCAUCCGAAAGCACUCCGAUGCCAACGAACGUUAUGCAUACGACGAAGCCACAUGUACCCCGGAAGAAUGUUCAUUCCAGCGUCACUAAUGUUGCCACCGGGCAUCGGGAACUCGGUUUCAUAUGUCCGGUUCAACUGAAGGCUCCCACCAUUAUGGGAUAUCAGCUGACUGUUGGGGGAAAGGUUACAAAGGACUGUGGGGCGCCUUGCAACUCCAUGUUCUUCUCGGAGAAUGAACGAACGGUACUGAAGUAUUGGGUCGGCUCUUGGGCUGCGGUCUGCGUCGCCAGUUGUCUUUUUACGGUACUGACGUUCAUGAUCGAUUCCUCGCGAUUUCGCUACCCGGAGCGCCCGAUUGUGUUUCUGGCAAUUUGCUACCUAAUUGUCGGCUGCGCCUAUGUUGCCGGGCUGGGCGCAGGGGACUCUGUGGCCUGUCGGGAAGCCUUCCAGCCACACAUCAAGCUUGGCCGGGUGCAUAUGCUGUCCACUAUUACCCAGGGUCACCGCCAGUCUACAUUGUGUACGGUUCUCUUCAUGGCCCUGUACUUCUGCUGUAUGGCCGCGUUCGCCUGGUGGGCAUGUCUGGCACUGGCUUGGUUUUUGGCCGCUGGACUCAAGUGGGGCCACGAGGCGAUCGAGAAUCGGUCCCAUCUGUUCCAUCUGGUUGCGUGGGCGAUUCCAGCGAUUCAAACCAUUUUCGUGCUUGCGCUCGGGAAAGUUGAAGGUGACGUCCUAUCCGGCGUGUGCUUCGUGGGUCAGCUGGACACGAACUCGCUGGCUGUGUUUCUGCUGAUACCCCUCUGUAUCUACCUCUCGAUUGGGGCCCUGUUCCUGCUGGCCGGCUUCAUCUCGCUCUUCCGCAUCCGGACGGUGAUGAAGCACGACGGGACGCGCACCGACAAGCUGGAACGGCUAAUGCUGCGGAUCGGGUUCUUCAGCGGGCUGUUUAUUCUGCCUGCCCUCGGCUAUUUGGGCUGUCUGUUCUACGAGUAUUACAACUUCGACGAUUGGAUGGUCCAGUGGAACCGACAGAUGUGCAAGAUCUUUUCGAUACCCUGCCCGACCAAUGCCAAACAUCCGGGAAUGGAACGAAGCCUGCCGGAGGAGGAAAAGCCGAUCUUUCACAUCUACAUGGUGAAGUACGUGUGCUCGAUGCUGGUCGGGGUGACCUCCAGUGUUUGGCUGUGGUCCGGAAAAACCGUGAUCAGUUGGAGACAGUUUGCUCAGCGACUGCAAGGGAAGGAUAACAGGAGCCGUGGAGCUUAUGUUUAGAUGCGGGGUGAACUGUAGUCGAGCAUUCCCUUCAAAGGCGCGAACGAAAGGAAGUGUAAUGCUUAGAGGUGUUGUGGAACCAAAUGUUUUGGAAACCGUGGAAACUAGCUUUCAUUGCUGGAGCAUUACAAUCGAGAUUAUAAUGUAAGCUUUCUAGGCAGCAGGAUACUUUUUAACUGUAAUUUAUUGCAGCUUUUAUUUUGGAAGCAUUUGUUUCCAAUUUAUCUUGGGGUACUCAUGUUCUAAAACUGUUUUAAUUAGUUCAAAUGAUGAUCACUCAUGUCUUCAGCACAUAUUUAACGUUUUUUCACUGCUUUUUACUGCUACUGUUAUGCUACUGAAUUUGUUUCAAUGAAUACCAUGUUUUUAAGGAUUUUUUUAACGAAAGAUGCUGAUUGCUCAAUAAUUACGAGACAUAUGAAAAUUAAAAAAUCAUUGAUUCCAAUGGAGGUUGAGAACAACCGCAGAAUGCAGACUACAUGGAAAAGUUAUGUAAACUUUUUUACAAGGUUGCACUGCAAACUCUUAUGGUCUCAUUGUAACACGUUUUUUAUUGUUUUACUUUGGGACAUAACAUGAUUGAUAUAAAUUUUUUACUGAGUUUCCGGAAAAGAAACUACAGCUAAAUCGCUAUCGACGAUUUUUUCAGCUUCACUUCAUGUAUUACUUAAUUUAUCUCGCUUUUGAUAAGGCUCAAAGAUUUACUGUGCUUGGAAAUAUCUGCUUCAGUCACGCCUAAUAAUUUAAAUUUCUAUAAAGUUGUACAAGGCACUAUUUAUUAUUGUACGCAAUUUUUUAUUACUAUACACAAAUCAUAUUAUAAAUUCGAUAGAGUAUUUUUUCAUAUACUCCUAUAAGCCAACGAUGACUCUCAGAUGCAGUUCAUCAUUCGCAGAAAGUGGCCCAAAUGCGAUUUUUUGGCUUAUUAUUUUACAAUUCAACAAACAACAAAAUUUUACAACUUAAAUAAACACUCUUUAUUGGUUUUGAUAAUUACGUCAUUACUCCUCAAAUGAGUGAAUGUCAUUGACAUAUAACGAGGCAUGAGCAAGUUGACUAGGAUCUUUGGGAUAUGUGAUAUAUACACUCGACAAAAAAAUUAGAGGAACAGAGUACGAAGUCGAUUUUUUCUGGUGGUUUCUCAAAUGCUGUAACUUUGUGAAAAAUCAAAGCUUGAUGAUGGAAUGUACAUCAAGUUUUGGAAAUCGAAGAAAUCGAUUCUUUUUCUUCCUGAUAUUUGUGUCCACUAUAUCUAUAAAAUUAUUCGUAAAAAAUGGCAAACUUGUUGAAGCUUGAAAAUGAUGUGCAUCCUAUUUUAAUGAGUUGAUUUUUCACGAAGUUAAACUAUUUCAAAAAUCACCUCGACUUCACACUCUGUUCCUCUAAACGUUUUGUCGAGUGUUUAAUAUCAAUAUUCACUAUAUGUAUACGGUAUAGUUGUAAAAAAAGACUCCAUCUAUAUUCAUUCCUUACCACUCUACCACCUGCAUGCACCGCUGUUCUUUUUAUGCGCUGUUAAACCUGGAUUGUUCAUCUCUUUACAAGUGCAAGUGAACAUGAAAUGAAAGUUAUUCGUUUUUUUUCCAAACGGAUAUACAAAAAAAAAUUAAGAGUAUUUUCUUAUUGUUUAUUUCACCAAUAUAAACAUAUGAUCAAACGCAAUAGGAAUGAGACUGACAACUCUAAAAACAAUAAUUUAAUGUUGCCAGCUAAUUAAACCACCGAACAUCUCUGUGAGUGUUCCACACAAAAAAGAGCUACCUAGUCAAUUUUUGGUCCUUACGGUACGCCAUCCUAAAUCAGCUCGAUUUGAAAAAAAUAUCUUUUGGCCGAUUAAGUCGAAUAUAUCAAUUAAAAAACUUAACAUUCGUUACACUAGACCAAUUGUUGAUUUCUCUCAAGUAAAUGAAAAAUAUUUAAGUAAACUUUUUUGAGAAAAAUAUUAAUCUGCACAUCAAACGUCUCCUUCAAGACGAAGCUUUGGGAAAAAAAAUUGUCGAAAGCAAAGAGAUUCUACCUCUCAUUUUAUUUUGGAAAACUGCUUCAUAACGUAGUAACAAAGUCAGAAAUAUGGAUAAUGUAUUCCUGUUACAAAAUAUAAAUUCAUAAAGUAAAACACAUGACCUUAAUAAAAAAUGACAUUUAGAAAAAAAAAAUAUCUCAAUAACAAAAACACAUAUCAACAAGGAGCUCUUGGGCAGGAAUAAUUGAUUAUUUCAAAUAUAUCCACUCAUGAAUGGUAUAACUGUGCAAGAACAAAGUUUGACACAAAAAUCGCGUAUUUUGAAAACUCGAGCAGAAUCCGCCUAAUGACUGAUGUCUAGAAAGAUAUCCUUUUUUAAUUUAUGAAAAUGUCUUCACAGUAAGUCAAAUGUUUUUUAAAUGAAGCCAUGUCUAGACAACUGACAUCCCUGCUAUUUUGAACAUAUUCAAAAGUUUUCUCCUAAACGUAAAUGAACAGUAGGCUGUUUUAUAUUUUCAUCUCGAGAAUGUUCUAGAAAGAGUUCAUUUAAAUAUCUUCCAUUCGUGAAACAUUGAUAAGGUGUUCGAGCUAUUCAAAAUUACAAUUAAUUCAAAACUAGGUUCAUUCGUCAAAAAUAUUUGUAAAAAAAGGAAAAUGAAUAAUAUAUAGGGUUGGGGAAAAAGAAAUGUGUUUAUGAUCGAAAUUUGACGCUUUAUUUAACAUACUUAAAAUUAUCCAAUUUAUGUCAAAUAUGCGUCGUUUUGUUCGCAAAAUUGUUGCCAUUUAGAAGGCAACUUCAUUAUCCCCCCUUAUAAAACCCCCCUACUUAUUUGCAAAAAACUCAGACAGCCAGUUUUCGCGAGCCUCUUUUGAGGUCAACUUAGUAUCACCAAGAGCGUUUUGCAUGGAACGGAAGAGAUGAUAAUCACUUGGAGCCAGGUCCGGACUAUACGGUGGGUGCAAUAGGACAUCCCAUCCGAGCUCCCGUAGCUUCUGGUGGGUCAUCAAAGAUGUGUGAGGCCGAGCGAUGUCCUGGUGGAAAACAACACCAUUCCUAUUGAUCAUUUCUGGCCGCUUAUGGUCAAUCGCCUGCUUCAAACGGUCAAACUGCUCACAGUAGAGAACCGAGUUGAGGGUCUGGCCAUAGUUGAGCAGCUCCCACCAUGAUUUCCUUCCAAUCCCACCAAACACACAGCAAAACCUUCCUGGCCGUUAAUCCGGGCUUGGCGAUGGUUUGGGCCGGCUCACCGCGCUUCGACCACAACUUUUUUCGCUUUAGGUUGUCGUACGUGAUCACCAGCCACCAUCUUCUUCAAAAAUGGGUCGAGUUCGUCCCGUUUCAGCAGUGUAUCGCAGGCGUUGAUUUGGUCUAAAAGAUUUUUUUGCGUCAACUCGUGUGGCACCCAUACAUCCAGCUUUUUUUGGAAUCCAAUCUUCUGCAAAUGGUUCCAAACGGUUUUAUGGUCUAUACCCAGUUCCUGGCCAAUCGAGCGAGUGCUCACAUGCCGGUCUACUUGGAUGAUUUCAACGAUUUUAUCGGUUUCCACGACGAUUGGCCUACCAGUACGGGAAGGAAGGUAUUGAAUUAGAGAGACUUUAAACUCUGAGAGUUCAUUCGUCUCUUAAACCAGUACGGGGUGUAUCUUCGACAGCCACUACACCAGAACGAAAUCGAUCAAACCAACGCUGUGCUGUGCAAAUCGUUACAGUAUCGGGUCCAUAAACUACACGAAUAUUUUCGGCCGCCUUCGUUGCAGUUUUACCUCGCAGGUAGUAAACACGUAAAAAAUGGCGAAUUUCUUGCUUGGUAGACUCCAUCUUUGAUGCGCUAUAACUUGAGACUGAAAAGGACAAUCACAACACUGUCAAAACGACACUUAUUGUCGUUUUGACAGUGUUGUGUAUGAGCCGAUGUAUUUAUCGCAUCGGCUCAUACUAUACGGCUAUUUAAAGACGACAAUUUGUGCUAUGUUUAAGUGUUGCCGUAUAUUGACAAUAUACGACAUUUCUUUUUCCCCAACCCAAUAUCUCAAAAAUUAAAAAAUAUACGUUUCUGAAAUUUUGAUACAUUUUGUAAAAAAAUCUUGUUUUUCCAAAAACGAUGUAAACAACUAGGUCUCGAAAGUAAAAAUACUAAAAUUUUCAAAUGUUUCGCCUGAAAGUCGACAUGUAAGAUGCAGUUAAAUAUAUAUUUUCCGAAAUUUUCGUCUCUCCAUUUUCACCGAAAAUUCUUCUUCAAAGAGAAAGAAAUGUGUGACAAUCUCUCUCUCUCUCUCUCUCUCUCUCUCUGAAGUUUGACGAGAAUGCUUCUUCGUCUCUCAUUGCGUACUGAAAAUAUUGAGCUAAAAAUCAAAGCGAGCUUUACCAACGUUAGCGUGUUUAGGCAGUGUCAAAACGACCUGCAUUUUGACAACGUGUGAAUUGUACAAAUAUUAACCCAUCUCAUGUUCCCUUCACGAUGAAACCCAAUGUUAACGUUUUCAGCUGUACUGGAAAAGCGUAGAACCAUUAACGGCAUCAAGAAGUCACACGAAAAUCGGCAUUGCGUUUCUCGCGAGAAUCAAAGUGAGCGUAAAACAUUCUCUCGCCUCUCAUAUUCUCAAUUGAGUGGCUCAGAAGGAAAGAGAUGUAAGUGAUUUGAUCGAUUUCUCUUCAUCAACUUUUUUUUCAGUUAACACGUUGACUGCCAACUACGAGAUAACUCGUAGAUUGCGAUCUUUUUAAGGACGCCAACUACGAGUUAUCUCGUCCUAUGUUUACUUACCAUUUUUAUGAAAAAAGCAACAAAAAAAUUUUUUUUAUGAUACCUAUGUACUAGAAUUUGAGUUUUUAAUAAUAUAAUGUGAUAAAAUCAAAUUGUAAUUUUUGGCCAGAUUUCUGAAAAUUGCCUUGGCAGUCAAUGUGUUAAUAACUCAACUGCAAAAACGUUCCAAUUUGAGUUUGCUGUAGAAUCCGAUAAAUGAGGCUCUGACCUAUCUUCUACAUUAUCAAAUACAGUUGGGAAUAUGUUUGCUGCUGAAUUAUGACCAUAAGAGAGAGUCGAUGUAGAGAAUUCGUUCAAAUCAUUUAUACCCCUUUUACUCUGAGCCCCUCAAUUAUUUUUCCCUCUGUGGGUGAAAACGGAUGUUUUUUUUUCUCUCAAAACGGCGAGUAUUUCGAUCUCUGAAGAAAACAGUCGAAAAUUGCCGUCUGUCCAAAUAUUUUUGCAGCCGCUUGGGUCGUCAUUUUCAGAUUUUAUUUUGCAUAACCGUUGUUUGUUUCUUUGAUCCGAAUUUAUCGUUGAAUGCCCUUGCAAGCGAUUUGCCCAACUCGUUCGCAUUCACACCCAAAAUGUUCAACAAGGAGGUUCAUGGUUAAUUCUUGUUUUUUUUUCUCGUCGACCGCUCACAACUUUGAGCUCACUGUACUGCUGCAUCAAUUUUUGACCGAGGCUGUUGGGGAUCGUCUGAUAUAUAGCUGUAAUUCUCACACACUUUCCGAUUUGAUUUGUCCUCACCAACGGACUGCAUACAGGGGCGUUGAUGAUGGACUCGCGUUUGACAGCGAAACUUCUUACUAAACCAAGAGUGGUUAGUAGGGAAAUCAUUGCGUUGGUAUCUUCUUCUCCACACUUCGCAUCCCAAGCGUCAAAGUCACCUCGGAUGAUGACUGAUUUUUGUCCGAUAUUUCUCUCGCAUCUGCCUCCGCCUUGUUUCAACUUAUUUCCAUUGUCGUUUUUAACCUAUGUGAUGUUAAAUUUUCCAGGCUUUAGUACUUAGUGGGAUGUGAGAUCACAGCGUAAACAUCUAGGUCAGUACAAAUCCAAACCCUCUUUGGAGUCCCAGUUGUAUGCUAAUACUGGUUGUUGAUACACGGUUUGGCACAGCGAAUCUCUGUAACUUUUUGUUCCUUAGGCGUCCUGACGAGUUACUUGACACGAGAAGGAAGGAGAAGGUUGAGGUUGCAUUAUUUGGGUAUCAACACUCGGCUUUUUAGCGUUACGUUAUUUGUACACCAGUCGUUGAUAAAAGUUCUGACGUCAUCAUUCGGACCAAGUCUAAUAGAUCUCGAAUGCGGGAAUAGCAUAGUCUGAGUCGUCCCGCAGUGGUAACAUUUUUCCAUCUGGUGUAAUACAUCCAGGCAACCUUGAACAAAUCCUGGUAUCAAGUAAUAAUCUUCGCUCCAUUAAAACGGAGCCGUCAGGUUUUGGAAGAUACUCUAGAACCAAAAAUACUAACAAUGGGAUGGUUGUGUAAGAUUUACCCGAAAGACAGUUACCCGGAAGACAUUCAUCCGAAUGUAAGAAAUACCCGAAUGCGACAUUUACUUGAAUGUAACAUCUACCCGAACCGACACUUACUCGAUUAUCAUAUCAACAUUUCUUCCCAUCCCCUGGUAACUGUGAGGACGUGGCCGGCGUCGUUAUCGACUAUUUAAAGUUCGAAUCACCGAAACUUGUACAAUAAGAAUGGUUUGCUACAGUACAGUCUACCCAAGCACAAGCUAUUAUGAAGUUUAUCCAUUCACAUGGAGGGCUGCGUCAUCCAUUAUUUAAAAUAAAGCAAACUCUAGAACACGCGUGACCUCAGUGCAAGUCGGAAAAAUUUCUUCAACGAGAAAUCUCCCGGCUCGAACGGGAAUCGCCGAACCCGAACCCCCGACAUGAUAAUGUGUGACGCUAACCACUCGCCCACGGGAGCACAAUAUCCAUAGAGCCUCUACUAUCGGGUUUUUCAAUAAGAGGGCUAGAAAAGUUUUUUUUUAAAUAAAACAAAAAAAAACGGGUUUUGACAUCAAUGAAAUUAUUUAUUCAUGUGAAAGUACGUUUGAUGUCAUUAUGUAUGGAACUCGAUUUCUUUUGCAUGGUCACCACGGGCCCGCUUGCAGAAGUCUAGAUGCUGAACCCAAUUUUCGACGGUUUUCAAGCAUAAAUCGGCCGAUACUGCUGCAAUUUCACGUUCGAUAUUCGUAUAAAAUUCGUCAUCGUUGGCAUGUAUACAUAGACCAUAGACUUGGUGUAGCCCCACAGGAAAAUAGUCUAACGAUGAGAUAACACGCUCACCAAACAUGGUUAUCAAUAACUCGAUUGUUAAAUUCGCUGUGUGGCUUGUGGCGCCGUCCUGCUGAAACCACAUAUGGUCCAAGUCCAUAUCAUCCAAUUCGGGCCAAAAAUAUUCGUUUAUCAUUGAGCGGUAGCGAUUCCCAUUCACAGUAACGUGCCGGUCUUGAUAAUCACGGAAAAAGUACGGGCCAAUGACGCCGCCGGACCAUAAACUGCACCAAACCGUAUUUUUUUCGGGAUGCAAUGAUGACUCAUGGAGUACGUGUAUUUUUCCUAUUGACGAGGCCAUUCAGCAGAAGCGAACCUUAUCGCUUAAGAUGAUUUUUCGAUGGAAAUCCGAAUCAUUUUCAAGUUGUUGCUCAGCCCAAUUCACGAACAUAGGACACUUUUGGUGGUAAAGCGGCUUCAGUUAUUUUGUCAAUUUGAUCUUGUUAGGAUGUAGGCCAAGAUCUUUUCGUAAAACUCACCACAACGACGUCACAGAGAUGCCCAACGCUUGAGAAGAGACUGUGCGAGACUGAUUUGGAUCUUCCUCAAUUGAUGCGCUACGCACACUUCUUUGUCUUACUUACACGGAAACAUUUUGUACUGUGCCUGUGGAUUAAUUUUUUUCCACUAGACGCUCAAUUGUUGAUCUGGCACGACGAUGAUGACGACCAUAAAUUGGACGUAGCGCUCUCAAAGUUGAGGCCAGUGACUCCGAAUUUCGGUAGUAAAUUUUAACUUGACUCGUUGUUGGAUCGUAUAUCUUUCCAUUAUGAAAUGGCAAACCUUACUGAAGAAAAAUGUCAAAAGAGUGGGAAAAAAUAUACUCUAGAAAGAAAGCUCUCUGACCGGGAUAAGCGGGAAAUAAUUAUAACAGCUUCGAAUACUUCAAAAUCGCUUAUGCAAAUAAAGCAAUCUGUGAAUUUAAAUGUUUCACGGGAGACAAUUCGUCAAAUUUUGGUAAAAACUCCUUACAUAAAGGUCAAAAAAGGUCAAAGCUCACAUCGAAAGACGUCUGAGUUUCACCAAAACUCACGAGAAUCAACAGUGGGACAUGGUAUGUCAAGACAAAGAACGUCUUCAAAAUAAUACAUUUUGCUAUACACCAUAACGAAAAGUUUUUUUUUAUUUUUUUAUGCUUUUAACUUUGCUAGGUGACGAAAAAAAGUUCAAAAGUCCUGAUGGGUACAACGGGUACUGGCGUUAUUUACGGAAGGAGGAACAGUAUUUUUCAACCAGGAAUUUUGGUGGAGGCUCGUACAUAAUUUGGGUGGGAUUCUGUGCAACUGGAAAGCUCAAGAUAGCUUUCACACCAUUCAAAGAUUACAUACAUGUUUUGAAAUCUUCUCUCUUACCGUUUUUGCGUAGAUAUCGUCACAAAAAAUUCACAUUACAGCAAAAAAGUCACAGGAGGGUUGUGUCCAAGACACGACCGCAUAGUUGACGUAGUAUUCCGUUAGGCUAUCUGCUGCACGCUGAUUUUGGAUAUGUUUGAAGAAUUACAUUGUUAAACUCUUCGAUAAUGAUUUGGCUCCGUUUUGUCUGGUUGUUAGGUAUUGUUUGUUCACUCUACCAGUGUCCAUAACCGAGUGAUAAUGAUAGAAGGAUGGUGAUUAGUCAUUAGAUGGUGCGUAUCACGUACCAAAGCCGCCCUCUGUGGUCCUGGACGAGAUGGCGCCUGUGUUAUGUAUGGAUGAAAUAAAGAAAAAAAGCUCAUCAAAGCAAUAUAAGAUAAUUAUCAUUAUCGAACCCAAUUUUUCUCACCAGAAAAAAAGUGUUACCUUAGUAUAGAGAAAAUAUAUUUGAAUGGAAAAGUAAUGUCAUUCAUAACUUUUUAUUUUCUGAGUAUUUAUUCAACCCAUUUUCUUUUCACUUUAAACCCAACGGAACACGAUGCUACAUGCCUCAAUGCGAAUUUCAAUUGGGCUAACAGCACCCAAUACGUAUGUAGAGCAUAUGUGAGAUCACUUUUUCGAAUAUUUCUUCAUUUUUCCAAUUUUGCUCGUCGCAUGAACUUUCCAUGGGAGAAAAAAAAUCGUUUCAUAUUUCAAGUCAUUUUAACACAAUAGCUACCAUUACACUUACAGUUGUGCUAAAAGUUUUACGAAGCAACCAUCAUAAAAGUUCCAAAUUUAAAUUUUAUUAAAUUUUAUUUAUUAAUUAUAUCAAGCAUAAGUUCUAUUCAGUUCAGUGAAACAUCAUUCUUCAAUCAACCCAUCGAUAUAUUCUUAUUGGAACGAAAAAACACUUGUUCAUCGCUCCCAACUUAUUCGCCAGCACGUAUGCAAUCAGCAAUGCCCACGCUAGUUACAAUGAGCACUAUACAUUUGUGCGCGUCGUUAGUUAAACUAUCGAGGGUAUUUACAUGCUGAUUUCUCCCAGACACCAUGGAUUUGAAAUCUCUGUUAGGGUAUACAUGUCGGUGGGAAAAAAAAUCUCCCCCUACUUUCAUGUAUCUGCAAUGCCAAUUUCUCCUAGGCAGCUUAAUUUGAUGUCUCUGUUUGGGACCCGCCGCAUAUGUCGUCAAUUUCGACCUAUCAGAAGUGGGUAUUUCUGUUAGGAUAGGGGUUGAGAUUUUUCAAUUGUUCGAUAGUUAAUUUCAUGACAUAUAUUAUUUCAUUCAAUGUAAAAAAUUGUUAUGGAGUGCCGAAAUUGAUUGACGCAAAAAUCUCACCAAUCCAUCAUGAAAUGACUGAGCAAUAAGCGUUUGAAAUUGGACAAUUUUAACGGUGCGCUCGAUUUUCGAUUUUCAAUUUGUACCCCAUUAUGUUCCCGAAAGACGUAAUCCUACGUCAAAAAAAUGCUGCUAUUCAUACCAGCAAGGAAACUAUGCAAUGGAUUAGGGACCAAAAACUUAUUUUUUUUGGACUGACUGGACACGAUUGAAGAGCUCAAGGUCGCAAUUUCGGAAAAAUGGAAAAAUAUCGAGAAAUCCGUUCAGCAAAGUUUGGUAAACAGUAUGUCAACAUUAAUUUUCCAGGUUAUUGCCGAAAUGGCAGGAUUGCCAAUUAUUGACAUGUAAAUCAGGCAAUAGUUUUGAAUUUUUCAUUGAUAAUACCUAUGAAUUUUGAAAGGGUCUUAUAGAAACUGGACAGCUGAAAUUAUCAUAUUUAGGCACAGUAUAUAAACAAACAACUCUUUUGAAAGAAAUUGACGUUAAAUAUACUUUAUUCUAAGCAUUCUAGAGUGUAUGAAUGAAUCUUGUUGAAAUUAUACGUGUUUGUGUUGCAACGAAACAUAAUCAGGGUGGUCUUAUAGAAGUUGGACAGAGUGUAGCGUUGUUUGCUUUCCCUAUCUAUCAAAGAGGGUUUUUGAUCGACUUAUUGUGGAAACUCCUCAAAAGUUAUUUUCAUUUAAGAACCUAGAGUUUGUUCAAAAGUUGUUGUACACCAACAGUGAAGAACCUGUCACAAAGGAUCCAUUCAAUCUCAAUAUUCGAUCUCUUUUCCCACGCGAAUGUUUAAACAUGUGUUAUUUGAGCAGGUUAGAACGAGGUUUUUUUCAUUGAUAUUAAAUAAAGCUGGAAAUUGAUACAAAGAUACAAAUUCUGAAAUGAACAUUUUGUUGAUUCUUUCAACAAUACCAAACAGUCUUCAACGUAUGAAAAAAUACAAAUUAUUUUUUUUAUGUUUAUUCAUGAGUACCCCAAAUUUUUUUUUUUGCUUAUUCAUGAGUACCUGUACAUGAGUACAUGAGUAUUUUUUUUAUGUUUAUUCAUGAGUACCCCAAAUUUUUUUGACGUAGGACUACGUCUAACCGGAAGAUAUAGGGGGUGAAAUGGAAAUCUAGGCACUGAACAAGUAGGAAAAAAUGCAAGAUUUGGAACGCUUAUAACUCGAGCAUUUCUCAAUAGAUCGCAAAGGUUUUUGCAUCAAUUGAUAGGAAAUAUAUCUACGCAUCUAUCAUAACGAAUAACAUUUCAUU